AUGGGCCUGCUCGAGGAUUUUGACGACCGACAAAUCUCUUUUGAAGCCGAAAAGCACCAAUACAAGCCUUAUGAGUACCAGACGGAGAACAAUGGCUCGUGGGCUGGAGCCCUGCCGGUGAAGCAGGGUCUCUAUGACCCCUCGUACGAGAAGGAUGCCUGCGGCGUGGGCUUUGCUUGCCACAUCAAGGGCAAGCCGAGCCACAAAAUCGUCAGCGAUGCCCGCAACCUCCUCUGCAACAUGACCCAUCGGGGCGCCGUGGGCUCUGAUGCCCGAGACGGCGACGGCGCCGGCGUCAUGACGUCCAUCCCCCACUGGUUCUUCAUCAAGAACUUUGAGCGGGAGCAGGGCAUCAAGCUACCCCCUCCGGGCCAGUACGCCGUGGGGAACUUGUUCUUCAAGCCCGACGAGGAGACGCUCAUCGAGUCCCAGAGGCAGCUGGAAGAUGUUGCCGAGUCGCUGGGCUUGCGCGUCUUGGGAUGGCGCCGCCCCCCCGUCGACUCGACCCUCCUGGGCCCGGCGGCAAAGUCCCGCGAGCCCAUCAUUGCCCAGCCUUUUGUCGUCCUCGCCUCCACCUACGGUCCCAGCAACGCCCCGGAAAUGACCGACGCCGGCAAGUUUGACGAUCGGCUGUUUGAGCGCCAGCUGUACGUCUUGCGGAAGCGUGCCACCUACACCAUCGGCCUCAAGAACUGGUUCUACCUGUGCUCGCUCUCCAACAAGAACAUUGUCUACAAGGGCCAGCUCGCCCCCGUCCAGGUUUACUCGUACUACCACGAUCUGGUCAACGCCGACUACGAGGCGCACUUUGCCCUGGUCCACUCCCGCUUUUCGACCAACACGUUCCCCUCGUGGGAUCGUGCCCAGCCGCUGCGGUGGGCCGCCCACAACGGAGAGAUCAACACGCUGCGCGGCAACAAGAACUGGAUGCGCGCGCGAGAGGGCGUCAUGCAUUCCGACAUCUUCAAGGACGAGCUCGAGAUGAUGUACCCCAUUGUCGAGGACGGCGGCUCCGACUCGGCCGCCUUUGACAACGUGCUCGAGCUCUUGACCAUCAACGGCGUGCUGUCCCUCCCCGAGGCCGUCAUGCUCAUGGUUCCCGAGGCUUGGCAGGGCAACGACCACAUGGACCCCAAGAAGGCCGCCUUUUACGAGUGGGCUGCUUGCCAGAUGGAGCCUUGGGACGGCCCGGCUCUCUUCACCUUUGCCGACGGCCGUUACUGCGGCGCCAACCUGGACCGCAACGGGCUGCGUCCGUGCCGCUUCUACGUCAUGGACGACGAUCGCAUCAUCUGUGCCUCCGAGGUGGGCACCAUCCCCGUUGAGCCCGAGACUGUCGUCCAAAAGGGCCGGCUCCAGCCUGGCCGCAUGCUCUUGGUCGAUACCGAGGCUGGUCGCAUCAUCGACGACAAAGAGCUCAAGGAGGCCGUGUCGAGCCGCCACGACUUCCGCGCUUGGCUGGACCGGGAGCUCAUCACCAUGCCCAAGGUACUCGAGACGCUUGAGUCUUCCAUGGACCUUGAGGCCAAGCCCGACUCCACGCUUCUCCAGGAGGAUCCGCUGCUUCUCUCUUUCGGCUACACCCACGAGCAGGUCAGCUUGCUGCUCGGCCCAAUGGCUGCCGAUGAAAAGGAGGCCUUGGGGUCCAUGGGCAACGACGCUCCUCUUGCGUGCUUGACGCCGGCGCCUCGUCUCCUGUACGACUACUUUCGACAGCUCUUUGCCCAGGUCACCAAUCCGCCCAUCGAUCCGAUUCGAGAGUCCAUCGUCAUGUCCCUCGAGUGCUACGUCGGCCCCCAGGGCAAUCUGCUCGAGAUGGACUCGUCUCAGUGCGGCCGCCUGAUGCUACCCAGUCCUAUCCUGUCUAUCCCCGAGUUCAACGCUAUUGUCAACAUGGCUUCUGUCUACCCUGAUUGGACGGUCAAGACGAUUGACUUGACGUUUUCCAAAUCCCAGGGUGUCGAGGGCUACCUGGCCCAUCUCGACGAGAUUUGCAACGAGGCCACGGCGGCCAUCGAGGCCCGGGACCGCAUUAUUGUUCUCUCGGACCGCAAGACGUCUGCCGACCGCGUCGCCGUCUCCGCCGCGCUCGCCUCGGGCAUGGUCCACCACCACCUCGUCAGCAACAAGUGGCGAUCCAUGGCCGCCCUCGUCGUCGAGACGGCCGAGGCCCGCGAGGUCCACCACAUGUGCGUGCUGCUCGGCUACGGCGCCGAUGCCGUCAACCCGUACCUCGCCAUGGAGUGCAUUCUGAAGCUCAACCGGGAGAACUUGAUCAAGAAGAAGCUCUCCGACGACGCUCUCAUCCGCAACUACAAACACUCUUGCGACGGCGGCAUCCUCAAGGUCAUGAGCAAGAUGGGAAUCUCGACCCUCGCCUCAUACAAGGGGGCCCAGAUCUUCGAGGCCCUCGGCCUGGACGAGGACGUUGUCGAUCGAUGCUUCAAGGGCACCGCCUCGCGUAUCCAGGGCCUCACCUUUGAUCUCAUUGCCGAGGAUGCGUUCCGCUUCCACGAGCGCGGCUUCCCCUCGCGGUACACCGUCAGCGUCAAGGGCCUCCCCGAGUCGGGCGAGUACCAUUGGCGCGACGGGGGCGAGGCGCACGUCAACGACCCGACGUCAAUUGCCAACAUCCAAGACGCCGUGCGUACAAAGAACGACAAGUCGUAUGAGGCGUACUCGCGGUCCGAGUACGAGCAGAUCAAGAACUGUACCCUCCGCGGCCUCCUCGACUUUAAGUUUGACGACUGCACGCCCGUACCCAUCGACCAGGUGGAGCCGUGGACCGAGAUCGUGCGGCGCUUCUGCACGGGAGCCAUGUCGUACGGCUCCAUCUCCAUGGAAUCGCACUCGACUCUGGCCGUGGCCAUGAAUCGGCUGGGCGGCAAGUCCAACACGGGCGAGGGCGGUGAGGAUCCCGAGCGGUCUGAGCGCAUGCCCAACGGCGACACGAUGCGCUCCGCCAUCAAGCAGGUCGCGUCGGGCCGCUUCGGCGUCACGUCUGCCUACCUCGCCGACUCGGACGAGCUGCAGAUCAAGAUGGCCCAGGGCGCCAAGCCCGGCGAGGGCGGCGAGCUGCCAGGCCACAAGGUGACAAAGUCGAUUGCGCGCACACGGCACUCGACGCCGGGUGUCGGCCUCAUCUCGCCCCCUCCGCACCACGACAUUUACUCCAUCGAGGACCUGAAGCAGCUCAUCUACGACCUAAAGUGCUCCAGCCCUCGCUCGCGCGUCUCGGUCAAGCUCGUCUCCGAGGUGGGCGUCGGCAUCGUUGCUUCGGGCGUCGCAAAAGCCAAGGCCGACCACAUCCUCAUCUCAGGCCACGACGGCGGCACCGGCGCCUCGCGAUGGACGGGAAUCAAGUACGCCGGUCUUCCCUGGGAGUUGGGCCUUGCCGAGACCCACCAGACGCUGGUUUUGAACGAUUUGCGUGGCCGUGUUGUGGUGCAGACGGACGGGCAGCUCAAGACCGGGAGGGACAUUGCCAUUGCCUGUCUGCUAGGAGCCGAGGAAUGGGGCUUUGCGACAGCUCCCCUCAUCGCCAUGGGCUGUAUCUUCAUGAGGAAGUGCCACUUGAACUCCUGUCCCGUCGGGAUCGCCACCCAGGACCCCGAGCUUCGACAGAAAUUCCAGGGAACGCCCGAGCACGUCAUCAAUUUCUUCUACUACAUCGCCAAUGAACUGCGUGCAAUCAUGGCCCAGCUUGGUUUCCGCACCAUCAACGAGAUGGUUGGCCAUGUGGAGGUCCUUAGGGUCCGGGACGACCUGCGGACCAAGAAGACGGCCAACAUCGACCUGUCUCUGCUUCUCACGCCUGCACACAAGCUGCGUCCCGGCGUGGCAACGUUCAACGUCCGCAAGCAGGACCACAAGCUUUACAUUCGUCUUGACAACAAGCUGAUUUCGGAGGCCGAGUUGACUCUGGACAAGGGUCUCCCGUCUCGGAUCGAGUGUGACAUCAUCAACACGGACCGAGCCAUGGGCACGUCGCUUUCUUACCAAAUUUCAAAGAGGUACGGCGAUGCUGGCCUUCCACUGGACACGGUCCAUGUCAAUAUCAAGGGAUCGGCCGGUCAAUCGUUCGGUGCCUUCCUGGCCCCCGGUGUUACCUUGGAACUGGAGGGAGAUGCCAACGACUACGUUGGCAAGGGUCUGUCUGGUGGUCGCCUCAUUGUCUACCCGCCUCGUUCUGCCGUCUUUAAGGCCGAGGAGAACAUCCUCAUCGGCAAUGUCUGCUUGUACGGCGCUACAAAGGGAACGUGCUUCUUCCGCGGCGUCGCAGCCGAGCGCUUCGCCGUCCGCAACUCCGGCGCGACUGCCGUCGUGGAGGGUGUCGGCGACCACGGCUGCGAGUACAUGACUGGUGGUCGUGUCAUCAUUCUGGGCAACACGGGCCGGAACUUUGCCGCCGGUAUGUCUGGUGGAAUCGCAUACGUGCUCGACGUCCACCGCGACUUUCACUCCAAGCUCAACACCGAGAUGGUCGAGGCCGGACCGGUGGAGGAUCCGGCCGAGAUUGCCUACCUCCGUGGACUGGUCGAGGAUCACCACCACUACACCGGGUCUGAACUGGCUGCCCGUAUCCUGGUAGACUUCAACCGUGCUCUUCCCCGCUUUGUCAAGGUCCUUCCCGUCGACUACAAGCGCGUCUUGGAGGAGGAGGCUGCCAAGGUGGCGGCUGCCAAGCGGGCCGAGUACAGCCUCCCGGUUGUCUCGGGCGCCAACAAGCACAAGCACAAGACCGAGGAAAAGGCGGCCAAGCUGCAGGACAUGGAAGAGGCUGUCGGUGACAAGGCUGCCGAGAAGAAGCGAGCCCUGGUGCUCGACAAGACGAGAGGCUUCAUGAAGUACGCCCGACGCUCCGAAAAGUAUCGCGGCGUCAACACCAGAGUCAAGGACUGGGCCGAGCUCAGCUCCCGCCUGGACGAGGACGAGCUCAAGUAUCAAUCUGCCCGUUGCAUGGACUGUGGCGUGCCGUUCUGCCAGUCCGAGACGGGCUGCCCCAUCUCCAACAUCAUUCCCAAGUGGAACGAGCUCGUCUUUCAGAACCAGUGGAAAGACGCACUCAACCGACUCCUCAUGACGAACAACUUUCCCGAGUUUACUGGCCGCGUCUGUCCUGCCCCGUGCGAGGGAGCCUGCGUGCUCGGCAUCAACGAGGAUCCGGUCGGCAUCAAGUCGAUUGAGUGCGCCAUCAUCGACCGCGGCUUCGAGAUGGGCUGGAUGGUUCCCCAGCCGCCCAAGGUCCGGACGGGCAAGCAGAUUGCCAUCAUCGGGUCCGGCCCCGCAGGGCUAGCCUGCGCCGACCAGCUCAACCGGGCUGGCCACAGCGUGACCGUGUACGAGCGCGCCGAUCGUCUUGGUGGACUGCUCAUGUACGGUAUCCCCAACAUGAAGCUGGACAAGCGCAUCGUCAAGCGGCGCACCGACUUCAUGGCGGCCGAGGGCGUCAACUUUAAGACGGGUGUCACGAUUGGCGAGGAGGGUCAGCAGAGCCUCAAGGAUCUCAGGAGCAGCAACGAUGCCGUGGUGAUUGCCACUGGCGCCACGGUUGCUCGUGAUCUGCCCAUCAAGGGCCGAGAGCUGGACGGCGUCCACUUUGCCAUGGAGUUUCUCCACAAGAACACCAAGUCUCUGCUCGACUCUGAGCUGGCGGAUAAUGUGUACAUCUCGGCCAAGGAAAAGCACGUUGUCGUCAUUGGCGGCGGCGAUACCGGCAACGACUGCAUCGGGACCUCUGUCCGCCACGGCGCCAAGUCGGUGACCAACUUUGAGCUUCUGCCGCAGCCGCCGCCGGAGCGGGCCGGCGACAACCCCUGGCCGCAGUGGCCCCGCAUCUACCGCGUCGACUACGGGCACACCGAGGUGCGACAACACACGGGCAAGGACCCUCGUGAGUACUGCAUCAUGUCGGAGGAGUUUGUCGACGACGGCAGCGGCAAGGUCAAGGGCAUCAACACGAUCCGCGUGGAGUGGACCAAGUCGCCGAGCGGCGGAUGGGACAUGAAGAAGGUGGAGGGCUCGCAGCAGUUUUUCCCUGCCGACCUCGUCCUCUUGGCCAUGGGGUUCCUGGGGCCGGAGUCGCGUGUGCUGGGCGAGGACAUUGAGAAGGAUGCCCGCAAGAACGUCAAGACGCCGGCGGGCAAGUACUGCACCAACCUGGACGGCGUGUUUGCCGCGGGUGAUGCCCGCCGUGGACAGUCUCUCAUUGUCUGGGGAAUCAACGAAGGACGGAUGGCAGCGCGAGAGGUUGACUUGUACCUGGAGAAAUGCUCCAACCUCCCGGUGACCGGGGGCAUUGUGAAGCGCACGGCCCAAGAGAUUUUGAGCCAAGUCGCCGAGGCUCAGUAG